AAUGACUGUAGCUCCUGAUUAGAAUUGCAAAUUAAGCGCAAAUUAUCCUCAUAUUUUGGUUAUCUUUAUAUCCAAACAAUAUAGUAAAAUGUCUAGUGACUCUGUAUCAGAGAAGUUUUCUUCGAUGAAUGUCGCUAGUCUAAAAAAAUAUUUACAAGAACGCGGCGUGACUAUUCAUGGCUACCUGAAGCCCGCUUUGGUGGUCAUUGCUACUGCUGUUGAGAAAAUGAUGCUUCCGUUAGACCCUAACUUUGAACGUGACGAUGCGGAGAAAAAUCUGGAGAAAAGAUUAAUUAUUCAUGAUGUUGCUGUACCAGAUCCAUUCACUUUGCCUACGCAAAACAACUUUAUCGACUCGCCGCCGUUCGGACUUUACGACAUUUUCAAUCAUCUAAUUUACCACUCAAGUGAUUAUGAUAAACAGGGACUUGCAUCUUACAAAUCAUACGAUGAUUAUCGCCUGUUCGAUGAUGGUUAUGUGGAGUCUUUGUCCACAUUAACUUUGAAGAAAUGCGGAGUGCACGUCUACGUUGGCAAAGUGAACCCAACAAUGCGUACGAAGACAGACGGUGGGCAAGAAUUUUAUAACUUGUGGUUUAUCCUGGAAGGAAAGGGGCCAAAUAAGGGAAGUGUGCUGGAGGCGUUUUGUAAAUGCAAGGGUGGGCGAGAUGGAGGGUGUAAGCAUAUAGCUGCAGCAAUGUACUCCCUUGAAUAUCUUCUAAACACUGAGGGGAAAGACAGUGUCACCAGUGGUGAAUGUUUGUGGAAAAGAAAGCCAAAAACGAGUAUCAAACCAUGCGAGGUUAAGGAUAUAAACAUUUCUAAAUGUGUAUAUGGAGGGUUGGAUAAGAAGAGAAAGUGUGAGUAUGUAUGGCUACAAAACAUUGAUCAUGAUCCGAGAGAAGAGAGGUUUCGUAAGGAAAAGUCACAUGAUGAAAUGGCUGAGUUCACCAGUUUGAUGCAAAAAAAUGUUACCAGCAAAUUGGAUAAUCUGAGUGAUGAACCUGCUAUUUUCCCUUUGCUACAGAAACUCUACCUCCCUGAUAAUACUGCAAAAGCAACAAACCUGCCUGGACUGAUUUUGCCAACAACUGCCAAGAAUGGUUCUGGUAUCAUGGAACAAAAAAUUAAUCAGUUCAUCGAAAAGAGCACUAAUAAAUGCACUCCAACAGCAGAAGCGUUUUUAAACCAACUGACCUUCAGUGAUUCUGAAAUAAAUGAUGUGGAAAAGGCAACCCUGAAUCAAUGGGAAAGUGAAGAUUGGUUCCAACACAAGGGAAGCAACAUCACAAGCUCCACCUAG